AUGCGGUCUCGUCGACAGACUGUCUCGGACACGGUCGGCACGCUCAGCAUGGAUCCAUGGAAUGAUGAUCGAGUGCGUGACUUUGUUGCCAUCAACACGAUUCAGCGGCUGCGCGCGUACCACUUGCCGACCAGUGCGCCGAUGCCUGUGAUCGAUGAGAUGAACACAGCGCGUGCACUGAACCUUAUACUGCUGCCGAGAGCCGAUCCCGACUACCGACCCUGCCUCGGCGAGCAGCCUCCGUCGCGCACACAGCUGCGUGCACGGCGGCGUGCGACGGCGAGACAGGAGAGGCGAGCGCGUCGCCAAAGGCAGCAGGAGUGUGCAGGUCGGGAUGGGCAAGGUGGCUGCUCGCCAGAGUCCCCUUCGACUACCGUGUCGACCUCCUCCAGCUCCGAUGAUGGCAGCAACGUCGACGACGAUGCAGCCACAGAGCACGGCGCCACUGUAUUGAUGACGAACCCCUCAUUUUCUACGGACAUUGCCGACCCCACUAAGCUACCAAGGCCGCGCUCCCCGGUUGCUUCCGGUGCCGCCGCCACUGCAACCUCGUCCAGGCAGUGCGCCAUCGACCGCGCGCGCUCCCUUUUCUUCGGCACGUUGUCUUUCACCUCCUCGACCUCGCCGCGACGGCUGGUGAACUCGCCCCAUGUCCCGCUGACGCCGUCGAUGGCGUCCACGACGACUAUCGCAGGCCGGUCAUCUAUGCAUGUCCCCCGUUCUCCCAACGAAGCGUCUCUCAGGACUACAGCCAGUCUUCCUUCGUCAGACGCGAGGGCGGCCCAGCGCCGAGGUGGAAGGGAAGUCGCUGCUUCGGCUACGGAAGAAGGCUCGGUGACGGCUAUGCCGCCUGCCCCUUCUGCAACGUCGGCUACCAGGUCACUUGGCGUGGAGCUGGACGUGUACAUCGAGGCAAACAGCACCCCACUGCGUCCGCCGCCGCCAAUGAGGUAUGUCGGUGUUUCGGCUGAAGCGCAGACACCCACCUCAGCGGAGGUGAACGCACUCGAGUCGGAAGUGUCGCCGAACAGCUCCGCCGUGGUUGCGCCCCAUGAAGCAUGUACAUCGGAUGCCGAUGGGCUGUGCGAGCGCACUCCUACCGAAGCUACUGCAGUGGCUACUCCUUCAGCCACAGAGCAGUCGCGAGCUCCACUAGAGGCGACGCCGGCUGCUGUUCGACCACCUUCUCCGCGACUGGUGGGAGCCGAAGGGGACAGGACCACAACUCCGCCCCCCAGUCACGGCCGCCGCCGCCGCCGCAGCAGCAGCAGCAGCUCCACGGAUAUUAUGCACACAUGCGACGUGUGCGACGCCAUCAUCCAGUACUAUCAAUCAAUGUUGACGAGAGGUGUCGUGCUCGACCGCUACAACCAUAAGGAUCUGGCCUUUGUGUGGUGGGUUCUGGGACGAAACAUGGACGUCGCCGCCCUCGAAAAUCGCGGCCCGAUGCGGCGCGAGGCGCUCAUGAUCACCCUGCGAAACUUCUACUACACGCUGCUGACGGCAGAGGAGGCCAGAGCGAAGGCAGCGGCGGGUGGGGCGGAGAAAAGCCACGCCGAGAGAAGGGAGCUAGCGGGAACCGGUAUUGCCGCUGCAUCAGCAGCUACCGGGGGCCAAGCGACUUUGUCACGGUCGGCUGACGCAACGGCCACUGGAGACGAGCAAGGCAUGGUCGAGGGCGUGGAGGAGCCCUCGAGGCGUACGAGUGGCAAGGCCGCCGAAAGCAGUGACAGCACCGCAGCUGCGCUUGCUGAUGCAUCUGUGUUUAGGCGACCCCCUCGCACAUGCUCUCGCGACUCCCAUACGGCCAGGGCGGAUGCCGCUUCUGUGACUUCAGGUCGACAUAAGGACUCCCUAAGAGCAACAAGGGCAGGGAGCGGCACCGCAGCGUUGAAGCGGAGUCGGCCUGAUAAGCCCCUCGUAUCGUCCGACGGUGAUGACGAGGAGCGCGACGACGAUCAUCCUGUCGAAGAGGACGUUGGCGACGGCGUUGAUGAGCAGCAACGGUCGUCGGUGAUGCCGUCGCGAGGGAGGACCAGCGUCCCACCGCCUCAGCGGAAGUUGCCCCAGAAAGAGGGCACCACACUGACGGCAAGGCGUCGCGCAGUGGCUGGUGGUGCUCUUGGCAGCAGCAGCAGCGCAGCAGGAAAAAGUCUCGCUGCCGCUCUGCUCGGGGACGAUGCGGAGACGGCGAUGGAUGUCGUAGCUGAAGGUGCCGACGAUGCGCUUGACAAGGAGGAUGAUGCGCUUCACUCGCAGACGGAGGGCAGCGUCGUGUCACGUGUCGGCAGCGUGACGCAGAGCAGCACUGGCGAGAUCCGUCGUCGUCACCGCUGCGCUGCCGAGCGCAACAAGGCUGUCGAGGAGACGUGGAUCUCUACACGAACCGGAAGGCGUGCUGCGGCCAUCAAGGCAGCCGCGCAAUUGGUGCUCCAGGGCACUGCUGAUGCCAUGGCGCCCCGAAAGUCGAUCAAAGCGGUGCCCUCCACCAACACAUCUGGAGCGUCGAGGACGGCAGCGGGCAAGACGUUGAGGCAAGAGGCUUCCGCUACCGCCGCGAUGGAGGAGGUGGGCGCAACGGCAGUUUCGCUGAUACCGUCGGCGCCCACCGGCGGCAGCUCCACAUCGAAGCUGCAGCGGAAGAAGCGCACCGCUUCGAAGCGGGCACGUAGCCCCAGCCGCGAAGCCUCCCCAGGCGAAGGUCAUGGAAGCCGCAGCAGUGGCAGCGGCGGUGACAGCGACAUGGAGCUCACGGAGGCGGAAGCGCAAGGAAGGAGAACCGAGGCGCCACGCAUGGCGUCACCCGUGAGCGCGAGUAGGAGCAAGAACCGCGCGACGAUCCUCACGAAGGCUCCCGCGGUGAAGGCAGAAAAGGCGGCGCCGACUGCCUAUUCUCCUUCUGGCAAGCCUACCGACCCUCCCUUAGACGCCCCCGCCACCACUACUCCUAGCAGUGCUGCGGCGGCAGCGACUACCUCGAAGAAAGGCGGGCGCGGUGAGGAGCACCGGGGGCGCCCUCGUGGCAGCUUCAAGACACCGCGCCUCGACUCCUCGACGACGGGGAAUCAGGGGAACAGCUUACUCGCGAGUGUCACGCUAAGCAGCCAGCGCCGGCGUGAUGGUGGGGCGUGUUCCACCGCCGUCCUCACAGGGACUUCGUCGGAGACAGCUGCACCUCACCAGCGCUCCGAUGCGGCGGGCAUUGUUGUUGCCCCUCCCUCCUCUUCUGUGCUGUCGAAGGCUAGCGACGACGCGGGCCCGCUGGAGCUCCCUGUGUACGAGAUGCCGCUGCGACUGACACCGCACCAGCGCGCCGUGCGCUCGCGCAUUCAGCAACGCAUGGGUGUACCUUUGCCAGCACCGCCACCACACAGCUCCGCUGGCUCCAUCUCCCACGACUCCGGCAUCGACGCACAGUGGGCCACGGUGUACUCAUCCUACACUUUCCUCCUCUCCUCCUUUAGGACGGCAACAUGGACGCGGAUCAGUUCGGGCGGCGGCGGCCACGAACAGCGGGCGAUCACCGCCCCCGUGCUCUGGUACGGGCAGGUCAUCUCACCUGUCGUGGCGGGUGAGCCGACAUCCACCGGCAGUAGCGGCGGCGAUCACAGCAGACAAGUAAGAGAAAAGGCAUACGCGGCGGUAUUCAACGAGGACGCACUGGUGAACGGCGGCGCGUCCUCACGUGCCGCCGCCAUCGCCACAGCGGCUGGCGCCCUCACGCGGCAGCGUAGCCGAAAACGCAGGAUCGAGGGGGGCGUUGAUCCGAGCUUGCGUGGCAACGUUUGUAGGCAUGACCAGGCCGCCCUGGAGCGACUGGUGAACGAGCGAUUAGCGCAGGUGGCAGAGCUGAGACAGGCUGCUGUGCCUCGUAUCGUCGGAAGCGGUCAAGGAAAGUGCCCCGCUUCGGGGUCAGGCACUGCUCGGGUGAAGCAGGAACCGCGCAGCGGCAGCGAGGAAGAGGAAAAACAUGACGAUGAGGUACAUGUGUUGGGGACGAAACGGACUGUUGGCUUACUAGUGUCGCCCACUGGCUCUUCUCCCGUUGUAGCAGCUAUGGCAUCAUUGGACCUGGCGAGGAGGGCAGAAGACGCAGAUGCCACGGCCGAGGAGGCGCUGGCGCCUGAGCAGUUCCGGGACAACUCAGCGCAGCGCGCACAGUUGCCACAAGCGCCCGCCUUUGGUGAUCUGCCGUAUGCUCAGCAGUGUCUUCUGGUGUGGUCCGCCGCAGGGUUGCUGGAGCGGCACAUACAUCGGCGCCAGAUGGAGGAUGCUCGGCGCGAGCGCCUCCUGGCGCGGUGCGGCCGCAUGGCUACUCGGCGGAUGGCUGCUCGUGUCGCUGCCGUCAUCCAGGGUGGCAUUACAGACGGGAAUGCAGGCGACAAUGCCGAGGAUGCCGCGGCGCAACUGGUCGGCGGGCUCGGAGGAGGCGGCGAGGACAGUGAUAGCGGUGCGAGCGGAGAGGACAGCGAUACGUCCGAGAAGAAGGCACGCAGUGCUCCUCUUGAGCGGACGAGCGGGACAUCACGAAAGGCCGAGGUCGAGGUACACAUCAACCGCCUUGAGCACUUGAGCGAUUCAUCUACGUCUUCGCGCUCUCCCUCUGCCGUCUCGUCGUCCACGUCCUCGGAGGAGCGCUUCCGCAAGGCCAUGCGCCCGCUACCGCGCCGCGUCUAUGACUACUGGGCUGCCUAUCGUCGUGCCGGUGACAGCGGGUGA